AAAUACACAGAGUGAAAAGAUUCCCAAUCUGUUUAUUGAUGUAUGUAUCCAUGUAGCUAUAGCUAUAUAGAAGCUGGCGCACCAUAUGCUUUCGUAUUUGCACUGUGAUUGAAAGCCAUAUGGUAUAUUAUAGCUAGUUGUACGUAGCAUGUAUGCUAACACACGGAAGUGUUUGGAACCACACAGAUGAUGCCAAUUGACUGACGUCCAAAAUUUGGUUCGCAGCCAGCCAAGCAUAAGUAUAUACAGGUGUUGCUGUCAGUUGCAUUCAGACCCGUUACGGAAGACUCAGGUGGUGGUAUCAGAGCAGCCAUGAGUUUGCCAGUAUGCUACUACAGUCCAGUGAUGUGGAUGUGGGCAGUUUUUCUGCCACUGCUACUAGACUCUUCACUUGCUCAAGUAUUUUCCUCAGAAGGGGAGGCCAAUGAAUGUAGACUAGAUGACCUUCACUGGAAUUAUCUCCAGCCACAAGGGAGAGAUGGUGUUCUGACAAUAAACAAAGGAGCAUGUUCUAGGCGUAGUGGAGAUGAGUCUUACGGGCUUGACUCGGGCAAUACCCCAGGCAUCAGUGUACCCUUUAAUGAACUCAGCAACCGUUUGAAUAGAUCGUGGUGUGUCAGCAUCGUAGCCAACACACAGACUGGGAACCUGGCACCUCUGGUCACGUUCUACCACAACAAUCUCACGGAAAUAGGGAGUAUUGUUUUGACCCAGACUCUAGUGAACAUCACAGUUAGAGGAAGUUCUGCUAGUUUCAACUUCCCCAGACAGCAAGAGCAGUUUGAGCAUGUCAGACUUCAGCUCUGUGCUGAGGAGAACACCCUGUAUUUCUAUUAUGGCUGCGAACCGAUGGGAUCACAGUCUUUCACAAACACUGGAUUCAGUGACAGUGAUGUUGUGGGGCUACUCAGAGACCUGACUGACAACACUAUCAGAGGAUACAUGAGCGUAGUGGCAGGGCUUUAUUUUCUCAGCUGCAGCGGGCCCAGUGUCACCAGAGAAGAUGUGGCAAGCCUCCAAUGCACAUUCAAUCCACCAAACUGCUCGCAGAGCAUUUCUCGCCCUUCAGCAGUAGUCUUAAAGUACGUGAGGGGACUGGAGGAACCACCAGGUCCUACUUCAACAGUGGUCCUGAAGGGUCCUACUGCUACUACCACCACACCUCAGCCAAGUUUGUAAGUAACAUGAUUAUGCCAGUCCCGUUGAUCUUUGCCCAGUAUUACACACCCUACAUACACUCUACUGGCACCAGUCUCUCUCCAUACACAUUAGCUCUCUCUGUCUGUAUCAUCAUAAGGUGAUAUAGUGUAGCUAUAGGCUUCUCCGUUUCUCUCUGUUUGCAGUACGCAGUGCAGGGCACCACAGAGUGAAACUCCAGUGAUUAAAAGCUGUGACUGCAGCCAAGAAGAAACUAGUGAUUGUAGGGCAGACAUCAAUAGAUGGAAGAACGCCUUCAUUGCAACCGCGGUUGUAUUUAUUUUCAUAACAAUAUAACUCACCAUUGCACUCGCUGCAGUAUGUAUAGUUUGGAAGCUUAAACGUUAAAAAUCAUUAAUCAUCCAUUUCACAGAGUUUUUGUAUCAAAUUUGCAGUUAGAGUCAUGAUCAUUGGUUGAGCUAUCAUUCAUUACCCCACAAAUCAACAACA